AUGGCAGACUCAACCUCCAUCGUUAAUAAACAAACCAAAGGAGGCUGGAACGCUGCCAUUUUCAUCAUCGUUGUGGAGAUAGCAGAAAGAUUUGCGUUCUACGGUCUUGCAAGCAACCUAAUAACAUUUCUAACGAACGAGUUAGGCCAGUCCACGGCCACCGCGGCCAAACAAAUCAACACAUGGAUCGGUGUUUCUUGCAUGUUCCCAAUCCUCGGGGCGUUUCUUGCAGACUCAAUCCUAGGCCGUUUCAAAACCGUUCUCUUGACUUCUUUCAUCUAUCUCUUGGGAAUGGUAAUGUUACCAUUGUCAGUAACCGCGGUGGCGCGGGGGAUGAGAGAACAAGUAUUCUUUAUGGCAUUGUAUGUGAUGGCCGUUGGAGAAGGAGGGCAUAAGCCAUGCGUUAUGACCUUUGCGGCUGACCAAUUUGGAGAGGCCAAUGCGAAGGAGAAGGCAACAAAGACAUCAUUCUUCAAUUAUUGGUAUAUGGCCAUCGUCCUUGCUUCUUCCAUAGCCGUUCUUGCCCUCAUUUUCAUUCAGGAACGUGUGAGUUGGUCAGUAGGAUUCAGCGUAAUAGCAGGGAGUGUAGGAAUAGCAAUAGUGAUCUUUCUGAUUGGAAUUCCGAAAUACCGAAAACAAGUUCCGGUGGGAAGUCCUUUCACGAGAGUUGCUCAGGUCAUCGUCGCUGCUCUGAAAAAAUGGCGAUUGAGCUCCACGCGCCACCACUAUGGCCUAUGCUACGAGGAGGAGGACAAGUCGCCGGAGAAGUCAACAACUGCUAAGAAAAUAUAUCUUCUUGCAAGAACUAAUCAAUUCAGAUUUCUGGAUAAAGCUACAAUUAUUGAUGAGAUUGAUAAUACUUCAAACAAAAAUAAAAGAAACCCAUGGAGAUUAUGUUCCGUGAACCAAGUGGAAGAAGUAAAGCUACUAUUGAGGCUCGUACCAAUAUGGUUAAGCUUGAUAAUGUUUUGUGCUACACUUACUCAGCUCAACACAUUCUUCUUAAAGCAAGGAAGCACUAUGAACAGAACCAUUGGAAAUCACUUCACCAUCCCUCCUGCUGCUUUCCAGAGCAUUGUUGGUGUUACCAUCCUCAUCUUAAUUCCUCUUUACGACCGCGUUUUCGUCCCUUUUGCUCGUAAGAUCACUAAUCACCAUUCUGGAAUCACAUCUCUUCAAAGAAUCGGCGUUGGUUUAUUCAUCGCUACUUUCAACAUGAUGAUAUGUGGGCUUGUGGAGGCAAAGAGGCUCAAAGUUGCGAGAGAUCAUGGAUUAAUCGACUCUCCAAAAGUUGUUGUUCCAAUGAGUAGUUUGUGGUUACUUCCCCAAUACAUACUAGUUGGUAUUGGAGAUGUAUUCACUAUUGUUGGUAUGCAAGAGCUCUUCUAUGAUCAAAUGCCCGAGAGUAUGAGAAGUAUCGGUGCAGCAACAUUUAUUAGCGUCGUUGGAGUUGGGAGCUUUGUUAGUACCGGGAUUAUAUCGGCAGUUCAAACAAUCAGCAAAAGCCACGGCGGAGAAUGGCUCGUCAACAACCUUAACAAAGCACAUCUUGAUUACUUUUAUUGGGUAAUUGCAUCACUUAACGCUGUGAGCCUCUGCUUUUAUCUGUUUAUAGCUAACCGUUUCGUCUACAAGAAACUGCAAGACAAAGAUGGUGAUAAUGAUGAUGUUGAAGGAGACAGAGCUAUUUGA